CUUAAAAAUGCCGGAGAAGGACCGCAUCAAUGCAACUACCGGCAUUGUUUUCAAGAUUUAACUCAACACUGUGUUACACCGGAGACAAUUACCAACACCGAAGCUCGCCUCGUUUUAGAAACCAUGACUUCCACGUUGACACUGUACCAGCAUGCAACGAUCAUCACUGUCAAUAGGAAGCGUGAAAUCAUCCUUGACGGUGCAAUUCUAGUUGUUGACAAUCGCAUAGCUUUGUUAGAUAAAAGCUCAGCCGUGGCUGUUCACCCUGAAUUUCCAAGAGGGCGAGAGGUUCGAAGCGUUGACCUCACCGGCAAAAUAGUCAUACCUGGCCUGAUCAAUACUCACUGCCACACGGCCCAGUCUCUCCUCAGGGGCUUGGCCGAGGACCUGUGGCUGCAUCCAUGGAUGUGCGAUGCAAUCUGGCCUUUGGAGGCAUCAUAUGACAAAGAUGACGGCUAUCAUGCGGCACGUUUGACUAUAGCUGAGUUGCUCAAAGGGGGCACGACGACGUUCCUCGAGGCGAUGCUCACGCAUAGUGCCGGUUUCGACAAUGUUGUGCGGGCUGUGGGCGAGUCUGGCAUCAGGGCGUGCCUGGGCAAGCUGGUGAAACCGCAGGGAACCGGCACUGGCAGUACUGGACAUGAUCAGAUUCCCGACACCCGUGAUAGAGAUCUGGCAGAGAUGUCUGUCAGCUCCGCCCUCAAGACCCAUUCGGCGCACAACGGUUCCUUUUCCGACCGACUUCACGUCUGGAUCGCGGCCAGCACGCCGCGAGGGUCUCCACUCUCGGGGCACCACGCCAUUGGAAAAGCCUGCCAUGAGCACGGGAUCAACCUGACGAUGCACUGUGCCGAGGCUUCGCGGGAUCGCGAAAUUUAUAGGGACUGCUACGAGGGUAGGACGCCCGUCCAGUUCUGCAAGGACGCGGGUCUGGUCGGUGGGCCGGAGGGCUCCACAUUCAAGACGGUCCUCGCCCAUAUGGUUCACCUGGAUCCGGCGGUGGACCUGCCCCUUCUCUCGCAGGCACAAGGUGCGAGCGUGGCGCACAAUCCCACAAGCAAUUGCAAGCUCGCAUCGGGCGUGGCUGCGGUGCCGGACAUGUUGGCUGCUGGUGUGAAUGUUGGCCUGGGCACGGAUGGUGCGCCGUGCAACAACACUUAUGACAUGUUCCGCGAGAUGCACUUGGCGAGCACAUUGCAGGCGGGCACGAGGAUGAAGGCUGAUGUUCUGCUUGCGACGACUGUGCUGGAGAUGGCCACCAUCAAUGGCGCUGAAGCACUGGGCCUGGAUGGGGAUGUAGGCAGUCUGGAGGUAGGAAAGAAAGCCGACUUCGUGGUCGUGAAUGUUCCACUGGGCGCGGCGCCCUUUGAGGAGGAACAGAUUGUUGAGGGUGGCGUCGAGCCAGUGACCGUGGUGGUUCAUAGCUGUACGGCGGCAGACGUGGAGGCCGUGGUCGUGGACGGGGUUCUAGUUGUCGAGAAGGGACAGCUGGUAAACAUGGAUGAGAACGAGAUCCUGCUUAAAGCACGAACGGCUAUCAGGGGCAUUAGAGAAAGGUCAGGCGUCAAGGCUCGGCCAUUGGCAGGUUGGGUAAUCAGAUAA